GCAGUGCAGGGUGCUGUUGAAUCCAGCGACCGGUCGAUUCCCGAUCCCGGCUCCGUCCACCCGUUCUUCUAAUAAUUUAUCUUUUAUUUUAAUUUCCAUCGCUCUCAUCGAUGCGAGAGUCAUCCGUCGCAGAUUCGGAACAAUCGGAACAAUCAAUCAUGGCAAAGCCCCUCGUUUUCGUCACGGGUAACGCUAAAAAACUCGAGGAAAUCGUAGCAAUUCUGGGGAAGAAUUUCCCCCGCACCGUUGCGAAGCAGAAAAUUGACUUGCCCGAGUACCAAGGCGAAGCGAGAGACAUCAGUAUAUCGAAGUGCAAAGCAGCGCAGGCGAUAGUCAACGGUCCCGUGAUUGUCGAGGACACUUGCUUGGGGUUCAACGCGAUGAAGGGUCUUCCAGGUCCCUACAUCAAGUGGUUCCUGGACAAACUCGGGCCUGAGGGACUCCACGACAUGCUUGCCGCCUGGGAGGACAAGUCCGCAGAGGCAAUCUGCACUUUUGCUUAUUCCUCGGGCAAUCCGGAGGACGAGGUCAUCAUUUUCCAGGGGAGGACCACGGGGACUAUCGUCCCACCGAGAGGCCCGAGGGACUUCGGGUGGGACGCCAUAUUCCAGCCGGAUGGGUACACUGAGACGUACGCGGAACUCCCGAAAUCUGUUAAGAACGAAAUUUCACAUCGCAGUAAAGCUCUUGCGCAGCUUAAGAAUUAUUUCAUGCAGAAUUAGGGUGACGGGUUUUUUGUAAUCGAAGAAAUGAUUUGUAUGAAUAAUUACUAACUCAACUGUAUC